CAGGUAGUGAGGUUGGGCUAAACUGUCUGGGGUUCACAUAUAAAAACUACUCCACACACACACACACACACACACACACACAGACACACAGACUCUGUCGAAGUCAAGAUGCUCGGGAGCGAUGUACUGUUGUGCUUCAUCUUCUAUAGCACGCUGCUAAUCUUAAAGAUGUACAUAAUUGCCAUCAUCACGGGCCAAGUGCGACUUCGGAAAAAGGCGUUUGCUAACCCAGAGGACGCCGAUAGACACGGAGGUGUGCAGUUCUGCCGGACGGAUCCGUAUGUGGAACGCUGUAGAAGAGCACACAUCAAUGACAUGGAAAACAUUUUCCCCUUUUUAUUUCUCGGAGCCAUCUACUCCAUGACAGGCCCCUCGUAUGCAGUCGCACGGCUUCAUUUUCUGGUCUUUUUCCUGGGUCGGCUUCUCCAUAGCGUCGCAUACCUGUUGGCGCUCAAAGCACCGACACGUUCGUUCGCCUACGUCAUUGCGCAGGUGCCUUGCGUUUCAAUGGCAAUACAGAUACUCGUGGAAGUAGCCUCAUCCGCAUGACCAUCUCAGUGACGGACUCCUGUGAUUGGUCGAGACUCACGAUUGCAGCUGUGAUGCAGAAUGCUGCUCAAUGGACUUGCAGCAUCUCAACGGUAUCCGAAUUCACAUUUCACUUCAGCAUUAGACUCGAUGAUUCGUGACUGACAAUUAAUAACUCCUAACAUUCUUCGCUGUCAUUUCAGUACUGCACACUACAGUUUGUGUUUUGCCAUGUGUUCAUUUUAGCAUUCAAAUGAAGGUUAUUUAAUGUGAUUUAUUUUCACAGUCAGGUUUGCAUAUACUUUGCAUAUUUAUAUAUUGAACGGACAGUGAGUCUGUUACUUACAAGACUUUUGGUUCAGUGACCACCAGCUUUUCGCUUUCAUGCUGAAAAGUUUACAUAAGCAAUAACUGCUGAUGUCAGUUCGCAUGGUUCAGAUUCCACGCGACCAUUCCGCAAUAACUUUUCAUACUUGUAAAAAUUCCUCUGUUAUUACACCAUAAGCCCUGCAGAGCCCAGGCUUUUCAAAUUUAUUGUAGCGUUACAUAUACGCCUUCGCGCAAAUGCUGUCCUUCCACUUUGUCCACCGGACUUUGGGUUUACAGCAUUUCAAGAAUAGCCGGGGACUUUUAAUUUGUUUUUUUUUAUCCUCAAGAAUGCUGCUUUUGGUAUAAUGUUGUGAGGUUAUUUCACUACAGUGCGUUUGUUAUAAGCAUUUAAAAUAUUUCCUGUGUAACUUAUUUUCUUUUUUUAUAUUAUGUCACUUGUGUUAAAGUUUCUAAGAAAUAACAAGAAAACUGUUUUUAUAUAAAUAUAUAUAUUAUUAUUAAAAGAAUAAUAAAAGAUUUUUGUGAUA